AUGCAACCUGAUGCGCUGGGUCCCCCUAGGUCGCGUCUGUCGGUCUUUGUCUCCGGGGAGCUGUCGGAGAAGUUUUCGGAGGCGCUGGGCUCUCCCACUCUCCCGCAAUUUCGCGAGAACGCCGAGGCGCUUCGGCAAGAGCGAGCAAAGAACGAACACCCUCGGAGGCAAUCGUCGUUCCAUCGGAGGCCGACCUAUGAGACCAUCUAUGAGUCCUGGGAUGCCGACAUUGAUUAUUGCUACGAGCAUGCGGCAGAGUCCAAUUCCAACUUUGACUGGGCCCGCAAGUCGCUGGAUGAGCCGCGCCACGACCAAGUCGAGGUGUCGGUCACCGUGCCUCCGGAUAGUCCGUUGAACGGCGUCCUGGAGGAUCAGGUGCGGCCAUCCGUGCAUCAUUUGAGCACCUCCACCCUGCCGACCCUGGACCUGGAUCCCAGUCCGUCUCGCUCGCUGCCCAGCGCCAGCUUCGCCGCCACCCCGUCCACGGCGUUCGAGGGUGAGCUGCCCGUUGCCCCGCGGGAUGGCGAUUUCUUUCAACCAGUCAGUUCUUCAAUGUUCCCAUCGACCUUGGGAAAACACAUGACCCAGGAUACUCUGUAUGACGAGUACCUAGCGGCUGAUGCGGAAUCAGAUCGUCAUUUCUCUUUCUGCUCCCAAGGAGUAAUCCGGCCGAUGGAGCACCCUGUGUCCCCUCGGAGCAGCUUCUCUCCCAUCAGCAAAUGCAACUCGGAGGAGAGCUUGAUCCUGUCUCGUGCGGCGUCGAUUGUCCGCAAGCACCGGUCCUCGGUCUCGACCGCCAGCGUGCCCGAUCUCGUGCACAGCCUGGCCAACAGCCGCGAGCUUCCUUUGAUGGACCAUGUGUCUUCGAGUGAGCGUCUCUCAUCGGGCAGUCUCCGCCUCGACUCAUCCUCCCACCACCGUCAGGCCAAGAGCCUGGCGCGGGAGUUGGAAGCCUAUCGCCUGGACAGCAACGCGACUCCUGAGUCUACCGGUCCCUCGGUCCACGACCGGGCCAAAUCGACUUCCGAAGUCGAAGCCGCUCCUCUGGUGGCCAAAGCCACCAAGGCGAGUGCGCAUCGCCGAAAAGGAAGAACUUCCUAUUCGCUCUUCCCCAUCCCACCAACGGCCAACUGA